AUUAAUUGUGAUUAGCUGCUAAAUUUAAAGUUCUUUUGCACUUGCUCAUCUUCCUCUGGUUCAUGCAAUGUGAAGUUCUGGUGAUGCAGUAGGGUCUAAGUGAUGUAGGGUUGAAUUGAUCAAGUAUCUUCUUCAAAGGCCUUUAAAGUAUUCAAGCUCCUGGAGAAAAUAUGGACAACAAGACGUGGAUUUGGAGGAAAAAAUCUAGUGAGAAGCCCGUUCUAGCAAACGACAAGUUAGAUCUUUCUGUGAAAGGAAAUGAACAAGAGAUACAGAUACUUUUGACUGAUAAAGCACAAUUAGAGAAUGAUGUGAAAAGCUUAAACGAGAAGCUUUCUUCUAUCCUUGCUGAGUGUAAUGCCAAAGAUGAUCUAGUGAAGAAACAUGCAAAGAUAGCACAGGAAGCAACCGAAGGCCAGAAAAAGGCUGAAGCUGAAGCAAUGUUUGUAAAGCAAGAACUAGAUGAAGCUUCACAGCAGAGAUGUGCUGCUGAAGAAAGAAUAAUUCAUUUGGAUGCUGCCCUCAAGGAAUGUAUGGAGCAGCUACAUUUUGUUCGACAAGAGCAGGAGCAAAGGAUUCAUGAUGCAGUGAUGAAGGCAUCUAGAGAAUUUGAAAAAUCCCAGAUGAUUUCAGAGGAGAAGUUGGCAGAGACCAGUAAAAGGCUUUCAAAACUAGGUGUUGAGAAUACUCAUGUUACCAAGGCUCUCCUAGCAAAGGAAAAGAUGGUAGACGACUUAACUAGACAAAAGAAUCAAUUAGAAGCUGAAUUUAAUGCAUUAAUUACUAGAUUUGAUUCCACAGAAAAAGCAAAUGCUUCUCUGAAAUAUGAAGUUCGAGUGCUUGAGAAGGAGCUGGAGAUCCGGAAUGAGGAGAGAGAAUUUAAUCACCGAACUGCUGAUGCAUCACACAAGCAACACUUAGAGAAUGUGAAGAAAAUUGCCAAGUUAGAAUCAGAAUGUCAGAGGCUACGUCUCCUGGUAAGGAAGCGGUUGCCAGGGCCUGCUGCACUGGCAAAAAUGAAAAAUGAAGUAGAAAUGCUGGGGAAGGAGUCAAAUGAAACAAGACGGAAGAGUUUAAAUUCUAGUCCUCUUGGUUCAAUGGUUGGCUCUGCAGUUGACAACUCUCCUGACUCUCCCAGCAAACGGAUUUAUUAUCUGACUGAGCAGUUAUGUGCUAUGGAAGAAGAAAAUAAGACUCUCAAGGAUGUUAUUCAUAAAAAAGCAAAUGAACUCCAAUUUUCAAGAACAAUGUAUGCCCGUGCAGCUUUGAAAUUAUCAGAGGUUGAGUCACAGCUUGAAGAAUUAUCAAAAGGUCAGAAAAUCAUGGAGCCAACCAGGAACAGUGCUAUCCCAUAUGAAUUCUCUCUGGCUUCAAUGUCAGACAUUGGUAGUGAAGAUAAAGUCAGUUGUGCUGAAUCACGGGCUUCAACUUUGAUCUCAGAAUUGGAACACUUCAGAAUACAGAGGGGGUCGCCAUCGUGCAAAACUGUUGGAGCUUCUGACAUAAAUCUGAUGGAUGAUUUUGUUGAAAUGGAAAAAUUGGCUAUAGUCUCUUUUGAUAAGCCAUCAGGGAGUUCUCAUGUUUCUCCAGAUGAAGCUAAUGCAAUUGUUGGCCCUUUUGAAUCUGAGUCUAGGGGGAAUUUCUCAGAGGUCGUGAGUAGGGAGAUUGUUCAGAAUUCUGACUGUCUGUCUAACAUUGGUGUGCCAAAUCAGGAAAACAGAUCCAGUGAUAUUCUGGUCGCAAAAGUUCCUGGUUCACUUUGGGUUCAUGAAAUAUUGAAGUUGAUCUUAGAGCAAAACCGUGUCACACACAGAAACACUUCUGAGAUACUUGAUGAUAUUAGAGUAGCUUUGACAUACAUAAAUCAUCCAAAAAUCAGUGAAUCAGUUGAUGCCAAGGAGAGCACGUAUCAUCCUGAUACAUCAAGUUCACCAAAUUUUUGUUCAGCAACAUACUUUAAUAUCUCAAAGGAAGAGAAGACAGACCAGCAGUUAUACUCUGAUCUGAAUGAAUCAAUAUGCAAAGUAGCUGAGCUCAUUGAAGGCAUCUUAGAUACAUUGUCCAAGAAAGAUGGAAGUCUUCUCUCAUAUAAAAAUUCAGAAACACCUUCUGGCUACACUGUUCGUGUUUUCCAAUGGAAAACUUCUGAGCUUAGUGGUGUUUUACAGCAAUUUGUUCAUGCCUGUUAUAAUUUAUUGAACAAAAAGACCGACUUCAACAAAUUUGCCAAAGAGUUAAGUACUGCUUUGGACUGGAUAAUGAACUAUUGCUUUUCCCUUCAAGAUGUUUCCAGCAUGAGGGAUGCUAUAAAGAAGCAUUUGGGUUGGGAUGAAUCAAGGAGUGAAAAUGAAGUCGAAUUUGGAAUGAUUAGUCAGUUUGCAGAAGCAGAUAGACUACAUCUUCCCAGAGAAAACUUGUCAUCCUUGUCAAUGUUUGCUGCUUCAAAUAGCCAUAACAACUUUUUCCAAAAGGAAGAAUUUCAGUCUGAUAUGAGAGAAGAAAAUAAAAUAUUAAGAAAUGAUUUCAUCAAUGCAGAAGUCGCAAAGAAAGAUGUUAUAGGGAGUAUCCUGUCAGCUGAUAAGAAUCAUCCAUUAACGAAUCAACUUCAGGAAUCAGAGAAAAUCAUUUCAAACCUGCAAAAUGAGUUAGGAACUUUUAGAAAAUCAAAGGACGUGAUUCAGGAUCAAGUUAAGAAUCACAAGUUGAUUAAUGAAGGUCUUGAUACACAACUUUCAGUGGCCAGAGUUGAAUUGAAUGAGGCUCGCCAAAAAUUUUCAUCACUAGAAGCAGAGCUGGAGAAUAAAAGUAAAAGCUGUGAAGAACUGGAGACCACAUGUCUUGAACUCCAACUUCAACUUGAGAGUGUGACAAAGAAUGAAUUACAGCACAAAGAACACAAGCAGGAUGAAAAGAAAAUUCGAACUGACUGGGAGAUUACAGCUGCUUCUGAAAAGUUGGCGGAGUGUCAAGAGACUAUUCUAAACCUAGGGAAGCAAUUGAAAGCAUUGGCUUCUCCAAGGGAAGCAGCCCUUUUUGACAAGGUCAUCUCUACCCCAACGGACACAAUUACUAACGCUACCGAAAAUAACACUGCCAUCUCUACCCCAACAGACACAAUUACUAUCCCUACCGAAAAUGACACCGCCACCGACACCGACACCAACACCAACACCACAACCCUUUCAAAGAAGAAGCUCACUACCCAAAGGUCAUCUCUGCUAGAUCGGAUGAUAGCUGAAGAUAAGGAUGUGAACUCUCCGAAGACCAAAGAAGGUGACGGCAAUUACAGUUCUAUGUUUGUAGUAGAACCAUUAGAAAAGAUCCUCGCUUCAAAUGAAAGUAAACAAGAGAAUGAGGAUUCUGUACGUAAUUCCUUGGUGAUUGUACCCAGCAGAAAACAAAGUGGUGCAAGUUUGUGGAAAAGGCUGUUUCGGAGAAAAAAGAACGUUAACAUCAAGAAAAUGCCACUUCCAUUUGCCCCGCAAACAUAAGCAAUGACAUUGGCAGAGGCUUGGUGCUCAGGAAUUGUUGUGAUGGCAGUUUUAAUUCGGUUUGUUGCACAAGGGAUUAAACUUUGGCUUGUAUUAGUUGUCUAGGGAGAGAGAGAUUGCAUGGUGUUGUGAAUUAUAUUAGUGUGUAUAUAUAUAGCUGAAAGCUAGAUAGCCUAGAAUUUAUUAAUGAAAAAAAAAAUACAAAAACAAAAUAAAUAAAUAAAAGAAAUUUGAUUUCA